AAUCCCUCCCGCUGAGAAUAACAAUUAAACUCAUGUCCUGAGCAGACAUUGCAGCGUUAAGAACACGCUGGGGGCGGGGGGGUAUAAAGGACGAUCCAAUAGGCAUAAGCAGUGACUUUUGUUUUGCAUUUCGUUUACAGCUGGAAUUUGAACGUUUUGCAAAUUCUACAUUUACAACUGCUGCUGCAGUUACUCCCCUCCUCCCGAAAUCCACAAAGAUAGAUCUCGGCGUUUUCCCAAAAGAGUUUUAAAAAUCUGUUCGAGCAUUUAUUUGAAAAGAAAGUUUUUUUUGCAGUGACCGCCGUAUCCAAACGUCUGGAAACGGAGACAGUGGAGAAGAUUGGAUCGAUACAGCAGCAUUCCUGCGCAUUUGGACGGAAGGUGUCUCCAAUCCCAGAUGCUACAAACAAUUCUCCCGCAUCAUUGCAGCCUCCGGAUUUACAAGGAGCCACCGAGCAGCAUGUCAGUGCAGGCGGGCCAGCUGCUUUUCUCCCUGCUCCUGGCACUGUUAGGAGGGCACAGCCUGGCAUUCUCAAUGCCCAGGACUUGCGAGGCGAACGGCAGGGUGUAUUAUGUGGGCGAGUGGUACACGCUGGAGUCGGAUCCCUGCAGCCGAUGCGAGUGCACGCUGGCCGGCCCAGUGUGUACCCCUCACCCCGAGUGUGGACCGCUGCCUCCAGCCUGUAUCCAUGUCAGCCACUACCCGAGCGCCUGCUGCCCCCGCUGCGAGAGGAUCGGCUGUGAAUACCGCGGAGCUGUGUACGAGCUGGGCCAGCACUUCCAGCCAUCAGAGUGUGAACAAUGUACCUGUGACAUGGAUGGCAUUGCACGCUGUCUAGUCGCUGAUUGUGCUCCACCUGCAUGUGUUAAUCCAGAGUAUGAGAAAGGAAAGUGCUGCCCAGAGUGCAAGGAUGGUCCAAAUUGUUACAGCGACUUCACGCAAAGUCAUGUCAUCCCAGGAGGGACAACUGUGUGGGUUGACAAGUGCACCAGCUGCCACUGCCAUGAUGGUCAGGAUGUUGGUUACUGGGAAGGCAAUCGUGUAGCCAAGUGUGUGAUGGCUCCUAAUUGCAUUUUGAAUGAUGAUCAGAAUUAAUGAAUACAAGACUGUAGAUAGUAUUGAUAUUUUUUGCAUCUCCUCAGUUCCCUGAUAUAUACUGAAGGAUGAUUGAUGUUAAAAAAAAGCCAUGAAUCUAUAAAUGUAAACUGAAGUUUAAUGAAAUACACAAUUGUACAGUAGAUUAACCUUUCUUAUUACAAUGGUUCUGUGGAUUACUUUUUGUCCUUAGGCUCCAUGAUCGUUAGUUAUGGUUUAUUUUUAAUAACAGAGCAUAUUUGCAUAUAAUAGGAACUGCUCAAUGUAUUACAUUGUUAAUGAUACCAGGAGGGGGAGAGAGAAAUUAUCUUUCAAUGUGAGAUUCAUAACUCACUGUUAAAUUGAUUUCAUUGGACGUAAUAUAGAAUAUUUUCUUUAAGUUCUGUUGCUUAGAAAGGAUUAGAAUAGCAAAUUCUGUUGUUAAGUUAAUGACUAUUCAUAAUUUUUUCCACGUAUGGAAGAUCCAUUAGCAUUUUAAAUGCCAUCAGAAAUGUGUUGCAAUUUCACCAUAAUUCAAUUCUUCCGGCUGAGUGAUUCUUCUCAAUAAACCUGCCAGUGUGAAACAAAUAAACCCCCAACUGGAACCAAAGGUUUUGUAUUCCACAAUUAAAGUUGCUACCACUUUGAAGUCAAAGGAAUUAAUUUUUCAACACCACAAUCUUUUUCCCAACAAUGAUCAAUUAUUCUCUUCCAUGUUUUGAGUGAAGAAUUUAGGAGCAUUCAAAUAAUAAUGGACAAUAAAACAUCCAACUGUCCAUGCCUGUUCCACAGACUAUGAUGUCUGGUGCAUCACAAUACAUACACUCCCCAUUUUACCCAAAAAGCAAGCUAAACAAAACCUAAGCCAAUGUGGGAAAAACAGAUGUGAGAAUGUCCUCUUUGUACAUCUCAAGUGAUCAAAAUAAGUGCAGGAGACCAAUCUGACCCUGAUAAAUAUUAUACAGUAAUUACCUUCUUUACAAGGUGAUCUCUAGAUAGGAACAGAUUCAAACUUGUCUUUCACUGCACAAACCAGUAGCCUGUUGUAAAAGUCCACUUUUCUAGGUUUGUGCGAAGAUUUGUAGCUCGGGUGCUCGUUGUGGUUCUGUUCGCCGAGCUGGAAGUUUUUGUUGCAAACGUUUCGUCCCCUGGCUAGGAGACAUCAUCAGUGCUCUGUAGCCUCCUCCUGUACCCAAUAUACCAACCACUACAGCGGACAGCUGAAACUGACACCCGGAAGCGGAAAGGACAGACCACUAUAAAUACCGGAAGAAACAUCAAAGAAGCGCUUCGCAGGAGGCUCCAGAGCACUGAUGAUGUCUCCUAGCCAGGGGACGAAACGUUUGCAACAAAAACUUCCAGCUCGGCGAACAGAACCACAACAGUCCACUUUUCUCUUAGAAAGGCAUCGUCUUCUGACAUCUAACCUUACUCUGUCUUUAUGUUCACCUGCCUCUCUUCCAACCUGGUUAUCUGCAUCAGAUGCUCCCGAUGUGGUCUUCUCUACAUUGGGAAGACCAAACGUAAACUAAGGGAACAUUUCACCAAGCAUCUCAGUCAGGCACACAUGGUCCGACCGAACCUCCCAGUCACCGCCCAUUUUAAUUCCCAUUCCCUUUCCAAUAUGACCAUCCUAGAGGAGGCCAACACGAACCAAACUGCAAAUUGGAGGAACAUCACCUACUGCCUGCACAGCCAACAGCCUGGAGGACUCAACAUUGAGUUCUCCAAUUUCAAAUAACCUCCCUUCCCUUCCCCUCCCUUUCACUCCUCCUGGCCACCUACCAGAUUCAUUCCUCCCAUUUACCAACCAGGUCAUACCCUCUGCCUGUCUUCAUAUGUCCCCACUUCACCACCCUGCCCCACCACCCCCUUUAUUUGCAGCUCCCCGUAUAUGCACCCCCAGUUGAAGAAGCGUUACACCUUAAACACCAACUUCUCCACCUUCUGCUGCUGCUUGGCUUUCAGCGUUCUUCCAACUUCCUGCCCGUCUACUGUCUUUGUGUAACCCAAGCCCCAACAUACUUAGUUGAAGAACCUGUCUAGAUGUAACAAACUCCAGCUUGCUUGGAGUUUCUUCCAGAUAUGAUUGAUUAGUUCAGAUGGAUCACUUUUUAUUUCAUAAUUGAGGAUAAAGGUGUCUGAGAGUGACCAAUAUAGCAGCUGAUCUUCAUUUCAAGCUGAAACAAAGUUUAAGGUUCAAUAGUUGUGUAAUUAUUGAUUUGGGACCAGUUCAAGCUUCCUCUUGUCAAUCAGUAUUUAAGUUAAAGUCAAAAUUACUUAUAAAUGAGAUUUGUGCAUCUUUUCAAUCAACUGUUGACAUAAUGCAAUGGAUAUCCCAAUGCAAUGAUCAUAAUUUACAAACUGCAAAUUUACAGUAUAAUGGUAGGCAUUUAGUCCAGUGUUCUUAAGCUGACUGUUAUAGACUUUUGAGUACAUGUUCAAAUAUUUCAAAGGGUGACAAGUGCCGUUCCCAUUACCAUACCAUAAUUUAAGACAGUUCGUUCUAGACCCUGACCACCUUUUGGUGGAAAAAUGUCUUCACAACUCCUUUCUAAUCCUGCUACCAAUUACUUUAAAUUUAUGUUCUGAAUUAUUGACCUCUCUGAUAAUGGAAAUUUAUUUUGUAUGUACUCUGCCUGGGCUUCUCAUAAUUUGUACACCUGUAUUAAAUCCUUGGAACUCCUGUUGCAAAAAAUAGAAUGUAAACCUAUGCAAAUUUGCCUCAUAGCUAAAAUGCUUCAUUCCUGAAAACAUCCUCAUAAAUCGGCUCUGUAACCUCUUUGAUGUGACCACAUAUUUCCUGUAAAAUGUUUCUGAAAAUUAUGUUGCACAGAAAUAUUAGAUUCCCUACAGUGUGGAAACAGUCCACACCAAACCUCCGAAGAGCAACCCUCCCACACUUAUUUCCCUCUGACUAAUGCACUGAGCACUAUGGACAAUUUAGCAUGGCCAAUUCAUCUGACCUGUACAUCUUUGGACUGUGGGAGGAAACUCAUGCAGAUAGGGGGAGAAUGUGAAAACUCCACGCAGACAGUUGCCCAAGGCUGGAAUCGAACCUGGGACCCUGGUGCUGUGAGGCAGCAGUGCUAACCACUGAGCCACCAUGCCACCCCAUGUCAUUAAUUAAUAGGUUCUUGGAGAAUUUGAAUCAGUGGAAAUGUGCUAUAUUAUCAGGCUGGGGAUAUAUUUUGUGGUUAACUCAUAUUAUAUUGCAAGACUUUACUGUGAAGUUACCAAGAAGUAAUUUGGGAAACAAUCAGCUGGAGAAUUGUGCACAGAAUCUUUCCUGAUGAAGGGCUUUUGCCUGAAACGUAGAUUUUCCUGGUCCUCAGAUGCUGCCUGAACUGCUGUGCUUUUCCAGCACCACUCUAAUCUAGAAUCUGGUUUCCGGCAUCUGCAGUCAUUAUUUUUACCGAAUUGUGCAAAGAAUACCAGGAAAAUUAAAAAGUAAACAAGGAAUAAUCAAGGGUGACAUAGGAUUAGAGCAGGUCAGCAAUUAUGAAUAGCAGGAGUUGAAGAAGGAAUGAAGAGGAAUAUGAAUACUGCCCAGAUAUCUUGCAUCCACUUUAAUGGUGGAUAAUGUUGCUCUUCAAUAGCACCUCAGUACUGCACUUUUUUUCAAAGGCUUUUUAAGGCUCUUGUGACGCAGUGAUUGCACCUCUAUCUCCUGAGUUCACGUCCCAUCUAUUCUAGAGCUAUGUCAUAAUAUCUCUGAACAGGUUGAUUAGAAAGUAUCUAGAUCUCUACUCAAGUACCUUGAGUGAGGAUGAACCUACAGUUUUAUGACUUGCAGGCAAGAAUGCAAAUCUUGAGCCAAGCUGACAACAGCAGAGAAAGUUUCAGAAUGAAGGAAGUGUUGAAUUGAACCUGAAAUAAAGGCUUGUGAGAGGAACAGGGAUGCUUCCAUGUAACAAUUAGACUGUUGCACUGUUGAUCAUGUCUAUCUUCUGUUAUGCAUGUUUAAAAGUAAAUGCUUUUUAUUUACACAAAGAGAAAACACAGCAACCUUCAGAUGUAACUUUCUUUCUGCUUGAAUGACCCCAUGCAUAUUUGCUGAUACUGAUUGCUUACAACUGUUGGAAGACCAUGGAAAGAAACUUACUGCUAAAUUAAGGAUUUACUCACCAACACUUCUUUCCCAUUGCUGCACAGCAAGGGGACAUGGCUUACAAACAACUAGGUUGCCCUGCAGAUAGCCUGCCUUUCUGAAAAUUAUGCAUUUAAAAAUUCUUGGCAUGCAUUAUAUCCACUCUCUGCACCAAAUGUGGAACGUUCAUUGGACUCAGAAUGGAGGCAGUCUUUCAUUGCAUUUGGGAUUGUAGUCAAUAGUUUAGAUACAGAAAACAUCAUUGUCACAUUCCUGGUUAAGUAUCCAUUUCCUGGUUAAGGAUCUUCAUUUAGGAUAGUUAUAGCCAGCAGUCUUUACUGCAGAAAAUCCCAUGAACCUAAAUUCCACUACUUGGAAGAAGUUAUGUUUCUGAAUGGAAACCUUGAUAAGAGAGAUUGCAAACACAGGAAAGGUGAUUUUAGAAAUUAAUUUGUGUUAAAUUAUUUAUUUUGUGUCACUUCUAUUGAAACCUUAUUUUAACGUAUCUUCAGGAUACAAAUAAAUGAGAUGGCGACGAAAGUGUUUAUCAUAACUAUUGUGUUUUCACUGGCUUCAGUUAUCAUCUUUGCUAAUUGUUUGUUGAUAUUGAUUGGUAGUUUUGUACUUCCUUCUUAUGCGUUGUUUUGCUACCUGCUUGACCUGCUUGAUAUUUGUUCAUAAGUUCCCAGUAUAGUUGCAUUUAUUUUUGCUUUUUAUGAUAACUAUUAAUGUUCAGUCUCAAUUGUGUCAUAUUAUGAUUCUGCAGCAUAAUCAAGACUACAUCAUAAUUACUAUCUGUAUAUAUCACAUGACUGUCAUAUUUACAAAUCAAAUUAUGGAUUGCUAAGGGAAAUCAUUACAGAUUAGGAAUUCUCGAAUUCAGUCCAAUAGUGAUCUCAUGAAAACUGGACAUGCAAAUAUUGCUUGGCUCCAAGAUAACAACAGGGUAAAAAAUGAGGUCUGCAGAUGCUGGAGAUCACAGUUGAAAAUGUGUUGCUGGUUAAAGCACAGCAGGUUAGGCAG